UCUACUGUCUCCUCGUAGUCCCUCCACCAGUGUCCUCUCUGCUGUCUUUCUUCUUUUGGAGGUUUUAGAGGAAAACAACAAAAGCGACCGCAGAGCUCUCCCUAUUUCUCUUUUUUACACUUGAUGGUGAUCGAUGGCAGAUUAAGGAGAAUCGGUUAAUACUCGUUGAUCUGCCGUUUCUACACCCAUUGGCCUCUAUAGAUAUUUGAAAGUGAAACUUGAUGGGUUCAAGGUUUCCAUCACAUCAGCUCAGCAAUGGCCUGUACGUUUCGGGCAGGCCAGAGCAACCAAAAGAGAAGGCCCCGGCAAUGAGUUCCAUAGCCAUGCCAUACACUGGCGGCGACAUCAAAAAAUCCGGUGAACUUGGGAAAAUGUUUGACAUUCCUGUUGAUAGCUCCAGAUCCAGGAAAUCUGGACCUAUCGCUAAUGCUCCCUCUAGGACUGGAUCAUUUGGAGUUUCAGGGUCUGGAUCAUCAAUGGUCACCGGAGGUUCAGGCCGGCAGAAAUCACAUUCUGGACCUCUUAAUAGACAGGGAGAGUCAGUGAAGAAAUCUUCUGGUCCCCAAUCUGGUGGUUCUAGGCAAAAUUCGGGUCCCCUUCCUCCGGUGCUUCCAACUACUGGCCUCAUCACAUCUGGCCCUAUUUCCUCCGGGCCGCUGAAUUCUUCUGGUGCUCCUCGAAAAGUAUCUGGUCCAUUGGAUUCCACCGGGUCAAUCAAGCAACAGAGUUCAUCCCUAGCAAAUAACCAGAUGGUUACAAAGCUUAGUCAGGAGGAUGACUAUUCAUUCAAGAAGAGUUUGCCCAAGCCAAUACUGUGGUCGGUGAUCCUUUUAUUUUUGAUGGGCUUCAUUGCUGGCGGAUUUAUACUUGGAGCUGUUCACAAUGCCAUCCUUCUUCUUGUUGUUGUGGUUAUCUUUGCUGCUGUUGCAGCACUUUUUUUGUGGAAUCACUGUUUGGGAAGAAAAUCCAUAAUAGGAUUCAUUGCUAGAUAUCCUGAUGCAGAGCUUAGAACAGCAAAGAAUGGUCAAUAUGUCAAGGUCUCUGGGGUUGUCACCUGUGGAAAUGUCCCUCUUGAAACAUCAUUUCAGAAGGUUCCUAGAUGCGUGUACACAUCUACAAGCUUAUAUGAAUAUAGGGGUUGGGAUUCGAAGGCCGCUAAUCCUCAGCACCGCCGAUUAACAUGGGGAUUAAGAUCGGUAGAGAGGCAUGUUGUCAAUUUCUACAUCUCUGAUUUCCAAUCUGGGUUAAGGGCGCUGGUCAAGACUGGUUAUGGCGCAAGGGUGACGCCAUAUGUCGAUGAAUCCAUUGUUGUUGACAUAAAUGCAAACAAUAAGGACAUGUCACCUGAGUUCCUCAGAUGGCUGAGGGAGAGGAACCUUUCUAGUGAUGAUCGCAUGAUGCGCUUAAAGGAAGGUUACAUCAAGGAGGGGAGCACUGUAAGUGUGAUGGGGGUUGUUCAGAGGAAUGAGAAUGUGCUGAUGAUUGUCCCCCCAUCUGAGCCACUCUCCACUGGUUGCCAAUGGGCAAGGUGCAUAUUGCCCGGAAGCCUCGACGGCAUUAUUAUUCGAUGCGAGGACACUUCAAAUAUCGAUGUCAUACCAGUUUAGCAGUGUAUCCUCUGAACUCCUAAUCAUUUCCUGUACUUUUGACUGCUGGCUGGGUUUGCUUCUCAUGAAUAUAUGAAUGAGAUAUGAUGGUUAAGAUAAGUUAGUUGUGCUAUCUGAAGAGUUGGAGGUGUUGAUUAUUCCUUUUGUUUGUAUAGCUUCUUCAUCUUACUUCUUUACUUUGAGUUGCUUUCUAUUUUUGCUUUUUUUCAAGUGUUGGAAGGCUUUGUAACAAGAAUGUCUUUGAUUACUUGGCAAGGAAAACCUUCCAUACUUGUGAACUUUGCUGGGAGAUUUGUGUACAAGUGUUUGUGAUAAAUUGGAUUGAAUUUGGCUUAGUUGUUCUUAGCUUAUGUUAGAAUGAUCGGCUUGAUUUCUAA